AUUAAAAAAAAAACAAAAUAAAUUAUUUAAAUUAUUAUUUUAAAAAAAGUUUUUGUUACUUAACUUUCACCGAAAAGUGUCAACAUAACUUCAUUUCCUUGACUUUAACUUAAUCAAAUAAUUAUAAACACCUACUUUCCCCUUAAACACACACACACAUAAUACUUACACAUUACAACACUAAUAAAAGUAUGACUUUGUUAACCCAUCUUCUUCUUUUUUAUCCUACAAUAUGAGUUUCAUGUAACUUUUACCACACUCACUCACUCAACACACACAUACAGAGAUUAAGAGAGAAAUCCAGGCUUGUCGCGGUGUGCAAGUAACCAGUGGCGAAUCUAGCUUAUGAUGGACUGCUAGCUGAAAAUUGAUACAACUAGUCUACUACUACGACCGGUUUACGAGUUGGAAAAUUUGAAGGAUUUAUAUAUAAGGUAGCGAGAGAAUUCGAGAUGGGGGUGGUGACAAUGGGUGAUUUGAAGCCUAAUAUAGCUGGGAAGAGAGCUUUUAGACCGAGUUCGAGCACAAGGCAUGUAACUGAAUGGCCAAUAUCUGAUGUUUCGAGUGAUCUCUCCAUUGAAGUAGGCGCUGCCUGCUUUGCACUUCACAAAUUUCCUCUUGUUUCUCGCAGUGGAAGAAUCAGGAAACUGUUGCUGGAGGCAAAGGAUUCAAAGAUCUCGAAGAUUAGUCUCCCAUCAGUUCCAGGCGGAUCAGAGGCAUUUGAGCUUGCUGCCAAGUUUUGUUAUGGAGUCAAUGUUGAAAUCACUCUAUCGAAUGUAGCUAUGCUACGCUGUGCAGCACAUUUCCUUGAAAUGACUGAAGAGUAUGCAGAGAAAAGCCUAGAAACAAGAACUGAGGUAUAUCUUAAAGAUAUGGUCCUCCCAAAUAUAUCAAAUUCCAUAUCAGUUUUACACAAAUGCGAGACACUCUUGCCUAUAGCAGAGGAUAUUAAUCUAGUUAACAGGAUAGUUACUGCAAUAGCUAAUAAUGCAUGUAAGGAGCAGCUGUGUUCGGGAUUAUUAAAACUCGAACAUAACUUCCCAGUUAAAGGAUUAUCGGCUUUGGAGCCAGAAACACCAGUAGAUUGGUGGGGAAAAUCACUAACAGUUUUGAAUCUUGAUUUCUUCCAAAGGGUUUUGACAGCAGUGAAAUUGAAGGGUCUUAAACAAGAUUUAAUAAGCAAGAUUUUGAUAAACUACGCUCAAACUUCUCUUCAAGGCGUCGUUGUAAGAGAUCCACAACUUCUAAAGGGAAACUACUUGGAUUUAGAACUUCAAAAGAAACAAAGGAUACUUGUUGAAACUUUGGUGAGCUUGUUACCGACACAAUCUAGGAAAAGCUUGGUUCCUAUGGCAUUCCUUUCAAGCUUAUUAAAGAGUGCAAUUGCGCAGUUGGCUUCUACAUCUUGUAGAGCGGAUUUAGAGAGAAGGAUUGGCUUGCAAUUAGAUCAAGCAAUCUUGGAAGACAUACUUAUUCCUGCUAGUUCUCAAGUGAAUAAUCAUAGUCCCAUGUAUGAUAUUGAUUCGGUGUUGAGAAUUUUCUCAAUUUUCUUGAACUUAGACGAGGAUGAUGAUGAUGACGACAAUCACUUAAGGGAUGAAAGUGAGAUGAUGUACAAUUUUGAUAGCCCUGGCUCUCCUAAGCAAAGCUCUAUUAUUAAGGUAUCGAAAUUGUUAGACAAUUUUCUUGCAGAAGUGGCCUUGGAUUCAAACUUGACACCUUCCAAGUUCAUAGCUCUUGCAGAGCUUCUGCCUGAUCAUGCUCGCGCAGUUACUGAUGGUCUGUAUAGAGCAGUGGAUAUCUUCCUCAAGGUUCAUCCAAACAUGAAGGAUUCAGAGAGAUACAGGCUAUGCAAAACUAUUGACUGUCAAAAACUUUCUCAAGAAGCAUGCAGUCACGCAGCUCAGAAUGAACGACUUCCUGUACAAAUGGCGGUACAAGUACUCUACUUUGAACAAAUCAGGCUUAGAAACGCAAUGAACGGGGGCCAAAAUCAGUUCUUCUUUGGCUCAGUUAAUGGACAUCAUUUCCCUCAAAGAUCAAGUAGUGGAGCAGCAAGUGGAGCUAUAUCUCCUAGGGACAACUAUGCCUCGGUCAGAAGGGAAAAUCGCGAGCUCAAGUUAGAAGUGGCUAGGAUGAGGAUGAGGCUAACAGACUUAGAAAAAGAUCAUGUUUCCAUGAAACAGGAUAUGGUAAGAUCACAUCCUGCUAAUAAGUUGUUCAAGUCAUUUACCAAGAAACUUAGUAAGCUUAAUGCCCUUUUUCGGCUUAACAGUGUUAAGCCACUAGGGUCUAAGGCUAACUCAGAAUCUCGAUUCUUCUUUCAGAGGCGAAGGCGGCAUUCUGUAGGAUGAGAUUGGUUGUUAUAGUGUGAAUAUAAUCAAAUUUGAGUGUAUAGUAUAUAUAUACUUAAUUAGAGUGUUAAUUUUUGUCUAAAUAGAGUGGUUUUUUUUUUUUUUUUUUUUUUUUUUUAAACCAAUAUAGUUAAUUUAUUUGUUGUGUACUUUUUGUGUGGCUUGGCUGAAACAACCUCCUCAGUGUUUCAGAAGAGUUCCUAACAGAAACAGUCUCUAUGAAAGCCUUGUGGCCUGUUUCUGUAUUUGAUCCACUUUGAGAAAAAAUUUUCUUCAGUUGAAAGUCUUUAAGAAAAUUACAUGCUCUGUAAUUUCAAAAUAACACUCGUUCCGUUCAGAAAUUAGUCACCAUGCUCUAACUUCUUACUUGUAUGAUAACCUAAUCACAAACCACUAUCUUAAAAAAUGUGACAACUAAUCACAAAUCACUCAUAUGAAAGUAGUGUAUGUGUGCAUGUGACUAUAAUAUCCAAAGUAAAAAAGUAAAACCGGAUAAUUUUUUUUAUAUACUGUCAAAAACUCGAAACGUGUCUAUACCUGGGAAUUUUUUUCCCAAGGGCACUUCUAAUUAGCUGGCCAUCUAGCUGUUAAAACAAAGACUAUCAAUACCAACUUUAUUUGAUGUGAAAGCAUGCCGGAAACACAAUCAUAGCUAUAUGAAGUAGAAAAUUUCAAUCAUAUUAUUGUUACUUGAUGGGUUUUUGUGGUAAAAGUUUUGAACCAAAUUGGCCUUUAGAAUAGACACAACAAGUGGCCUAAUGAUAAGCAAGCGUGGAGUAACAAUUCCUUUGUGGCUUUAACUAACAAAACAGUAUGGCAUCCAAGAUAUGCCAAAAAUAUUUUCAAAACUUUUUUAUUCGUUAUAAUUGUUCGAUUAUUUUAUUUUUACCACCUUAAAUUAGAAAAACCUAAAUUGUUUUUUACCAUCUAAAAAAAAAAUACCACCAACUAAAAAAACUAUUUUA